AUCGUGUAUGACCUUGGCGAGACGUACGUCAAGAUGGACCGUGAAUAAGACGUUUAAUAAUAUAUUGGACGCGAGGCUACGUCGCUAAAUCGUGUCGUUUUCUAGGCGGAAAAAAUAUUAUUAAUCAGUGUUAUUUUGCACUUUUAUCUUUAAAAAUGCUCAGUAUUAACAUCGAUGGUGUGAUUCAGCAUAGGUGAAACGCACGUGGGAAGUGUAAAAACAUAAACGUGGUGGUACGUCGACGAGUGGAAAUUUGUUAACAAACAGCUCGCAAGAGCACGGGUAGGCCUCGAGGCAGCUGGCUAUGGCGGAGGCGGCGCCCGGCAAUAUUGUCAAGGAGGGCUGGCUGCUCAAACGCGGCGAGCACAUACGGAACUGGCGCGAUCGUUACUUCAUCCUUUUCGACAAUGGCGACCUGGUGGGCUUCAAGUCGCAGCCCGAACGAAACAACUACCGUGACCCCCUCAACAAGUUUACCGUCCGCGACUGCCAGAUCAUGGCCGUGGACAAACCUCGCCCCAACGUGUUCACCAUCCGCGGUCUGCAGUGGACCACGGUCAUCGAACGGAACUUCGCCGUCGACUCCGAGAGGGAACGCGAGGAGUGGGUGGCGGCGAUCCGCUACGUGUCGUCGCAGCUGAGCGGCGGCAGCGCGGCGGGCGCGGGCCCGGCCGGCCCGCCCGACGGCGACGACCGCGACAUCGCGCAGCUCGGCACCAGCUUCCGCGACCCGCGCCGCAUCACACUGGAGAAGUUUGAAUUCGUGAAGGUGCUGGGCAAGGGCACGUUCGGCAAGGUAGUGCUGAGUCGCGAGAAGGGCACGGGCAAGCUCUACGCCAUUAAGAUCCUCAAGAAGCACCUCAUCAUCCAGAAGGACGAGGUGGCGAACACCAUCACCGAGAACUACGUGCUCAAGAAGACCAAGCACCCCUUCCUCACGGCGCUGCGCUACUCGUUCCAGACGGCGGACCGCGUGUGCUUCGUGAUGGAGUACGCCAACGGCGGCGAGCUGUUCUUCCACCUGUCGCACGAGCGCUCCUUCAGCGAGGAGCGCACGCGCUUCUACGGCGCCGAGAUCGUGUCCGCGCUGGGCUACCUGCACGCCGAGGGCAUCAUCUACCGCGACCUCAAGCUGGAGAACCUGCUGCUCGACAAGGACGGCCACAUCAAGAUCGCCGACUUCGGCCUCUGCAAGGUGAACAUAACGUACGGGCGCACCACGAAGACGUUCUGCGGCACGCCGGAGUACCUCGCGCCCGAGGUGCUGGAGGACACCGACUACGGGCCCGCCGUCGACUGGUGGGGCACGGGCGUGGUGCUGUACGAGAUGGCGUGCGGGCGGCUGCCGUUCUACAACCGCGACCACGACGUGCUGUUCUCGCUGAUCCUGGAGGAGGAGGUGCGGUUCCCGCGCGCCGUGUCGGCCGCGUGCCGCGCGCUGCUGGCCGCGCUGCUCACCAAGGAGCCCGCGCGGCGGCUCGGCGCCGGCCCCCGGGACGCCGCCGACAUCAUGGCGCACCCCUUCUUCAGCGCCAUCAACUGGGCCGACCUGCUCGCCAAGAAGAUCCCGCCGCCCUUCAAGCCGCAGGUCGAGUCCGACACGGACACGCGCUACUUCGACUCGGAGUUCACGGGCGAGUCGGUGGAGCUGACGCCGCCCGAGCACGACGCGGUGGCCGCGCGCCAGGUGGACCAGUUCCCGCAGUUCUCCUACCAGGACAUCUGCUCGUCCGCGCACUCGGCGCUGUCGCACCUGUCGCACCACUCGGCGCUGGCCGACCGCCGCCACUAGCCGCCACUAGCCAUCGUCCGCCACUGCCGGCCACCGCCCGCCACCGCCCGCCACCGCCCGCCACCGCUCGAUCGUGGGUCCGUUUCGUUCGAUAGAUUAUUCGAUUUUUUGCGCUAGCGAAAUAAUAGAAGCGAAUCCGGAACCCCCGAAAUUGGAUCGCAAUAUGUUUCGAUUAUCGUUUACGAAUAUGAACACCCGAUCUGUAGUGGACCUCGAUGUUGUGUUUUAUAAGUGAGAAGUGUGAGCGUAAACUUAUAUGUGAGCGGUUUUUUUUAAUAAGGAUACGCGUAUAUAGAUAUAAAAUAGAAUGAAUUCGAGGAAUUGUCUACCUAAAAUGUCGAGCGAGACGGGUGAAGAGAAAGCAUUUACUUUAUAUGUAAUUAACUAACGAGUGUACCGUGUGGCCGGCCUGCCGACGCCGCGAGUCGCACGUGUCACGCGUGUCACAUGUUCUGCGCGUGUCACAUGUACUGCACGUGUCACAUGUACCGCACGUGUCACAUGUACUGCACGUGUCACAUGUACUGCACGUGUCACAUGUACCGCACGUGUCACAUGUACCGCACAUGUCACAUGUACUGCACGUGUCACAUGUACUGCACGUGUCGCACGUGUCACACGUAAGACGCGCAUCGGUCGCUCUAACACUUAACUGCCGCCAAAUAGAUGUAAGGUUAUAGUGAAUGUUGGAGUUGUGACUGCUCGAGUGUAUUAACUCAACAAUCAAUAUAAAAUAUCAUUGCAAUAAGUUCACCGGCAAAAUGUAACUUGUAUCACGAAAUCGAAAUUUCAUGCUUUAUUUUGUAUUCGGACGACAUUCGGGCCCGACCAGUGUCGCCCCGGCUAGUGUCGGCCAGCGCUGGCCAAUGUCGGCCAGUGUCGGCCAGUACUGGGCCCGCGCGCUCGAUCGCGCUCUAUAUUUUCUUUUGUAUAUACAUAUUAUAAUAAAGUUAGGGUUAAACUAAA